GUGACAAGUUGUUAUUGUGGCUGAGCGGAGUGAGGAGAGCAGAGUGCACGAUGGCUGUCGGGAAUUUUUGACUAUUUACGUGCUCUCUUCUCUGAAUUUGUUCUGCAUUUAUGAUGCAGAGGAUGGAUAUUCCUGAAGGAGCAGUUGUACAGCCACAUAAAAAGAAGCCUGAGGACCCCCCUUUCCUGACCGUUGGUACUGAGGUGUCAGCCAAGUACAAGGGUGCUUUCUGUGAGGCAAAGGUCCACAAGGUUGUCAAAUCAGUCAAGGUUAAAGUAACCUUUAAACUAGGCUUAGGCUCAGCUGUUGUACCUGAUGACUUGGUUAAAGGUGUUUUGAAAAUUGGAGCCCAAGUCAAAGCGAGCCAUCCAGAUAAAAAUCAGUUUGUAGAUGCCAUUGUGAACAAAAUUCAAGACUGCAGUCAGUAUACAGUCGUCUUUGAUGAUGGUGACAUAACAACACUCCGCCGAACAUCCCUGUGCCUGAAGAGUGGAAGGCACUUUGCUGAGAGUGAGACCCUAGACCAGCUGCCUCUCACACACCCAGAGCACUUUGGCACCCCUGUGGUUGGAGGAAGGCGAGGGCGCAGGUCUAGACCACAUGCAGAUGGUGAAGAUUCUGGAGAAGAAGAUGAUGAUGUCCACAAGAGGCAUCGCUCGAGACGUGAGGAGUGGGAGUCAGAUAUCGGCAAAGUUGUUUGUGUGGAGCUCGGGGACAAGAAAAAGCAGAAGGACAACUGGUUCCCAGGGCUUGUGGUUGCUCCAACAGCCCAAGACUCUGUCAAGAUUGAGACCAAAAAGGACUACCUGGUCAGGUCAUUUCAGGAUGGAAGAUAUUACACGGUACCAAAGAAAGAAGCUUCGCCUUUUAGCCGUGAGGUUGGGAGCAAGGUUUCUCAGAGUGCUCUCAAGACGGCCGUAGAAAAGGCCCUGCUCUUCAUGACAAACGAUGAGCUGCCGCCCCAUUGGGACCGUGACCUUCUCUUUGGCACAAACGUUUCUGACGAUGAUUCAGAUAGGGACGGGUCGGACUCUGACAGUUCUGAUGACGAGCCAAGAGAGGAGAAGGAUCACUUCGUUGCACAGCUGUACAAGUUCAUGGAGGAGUGUGGAACCCCAAUCAAUAGUGGACCAACUGUAGGGAACAAGGACUUGGACUUGUACAAGCUUUUUAAGGUGGUUCAGAAAUUGGGAGGCUUUAAUCGUGUGAUGAAUCAGAACCAAUGGAAAGUUGUGUCCAAUAAAAUGCAGCUUCAGUCUCUGGGCUCUCAGGCUCCCAACCACAUAAAAGCCGCAUAUAAGAGAUAUCUCCAAAGUUUUGAGGACUUUUACCGAAAGUUGGGAUGCACAAUGGUGAGCAACCCACGUGGUUCAAGGACAAGGCACCGCUCGGGUAGAAGCUUGAUCAGGGACUGUGACCGAACACCCAGGGCUUCCAAGAAGAAAGAUAAUGACAGCUGUGAUUCAACAGAAGAUGAGAAUGAGAAAAAGGAGGAAGAGGAGGAGGGCAAGAAAGGAGAGAAAAGAAAAGGGGAGAAAGAUGAGGUCAAGAAAGAGUCUGAGAAGAAGGAGCCAGAAAAGAAGGAAAAUGAUAAAAAAGACAAUGAAAAAAAGAAGGAAGAGUCAAAAAGUUCCAGAAAUGUAAAGCAAGAGAGCAAAUCUCAGAACUCCCCUGAGAGAGAGUCAACAGGAACCAAAGAGAGAUCACGAGAAGCUGCAGGGAGCCGGGAGAGGUCACGGGAGCCAGCUAUGACAAGGGAGCGAUCAAGGGAGCCUGUGGUGAUGCGGGAAAGGUCUCGUGAACCAACUGCAGGGAAGGACAAGUCACGGGAUUCAUCAUCAACUAGCAAAGAGCGGAGUCGCACAGACACUAGUGGGAAGGACCAGGCAGGCGGUGAAGUAGUGGUGAAAGAACGUGCGAGGGAGCCACGUACACCCCGCUCAGAGGCUAAGAACCGUGCAGCCAAGGGGGAGGCUGCAGAGGUAAAGACCCGUUCCAGUGCUAAGGAGGAAAGGCAAGAAGCUACCCCAGAGGUCAAGACACGUUCCAGCACUAGAGAGGAGAGGAAGGAGGAGAAAAAGGAGAAGGAAGUCAAAGAGGAGAGUGACAGCGAAGAAGAAGAGAUUGAAAUGGCUCAAACAAGAUCCUCCAGGCAUCGUGAGGAGAGCCGUGAGAAGGAUGAAUCAACCAAAAAGACAGCCACGCCAACACGUAAAACCAAGAACGAGAGAGCAGCCAUGGCUGUCAUCUGUGUGAAGGCUGAGGAUGACACAGAGGGUGAUGAUGAAACAGCUUCUUCAUCCUCAACUACGCCAACCCCAGUUAGUUCAACACACUCGGGGGCCUCUGUAGCAGCAAGCCCUGCCAGUGAGAAAAAAGCAAACAAAAGCAAGAGCAAAGGCCAGAAGGCAGUGGCAGUUUCAGCAGCAGCACCAAUCACAGCUGAAGACUCUCCUGGGGCCAAGAAAAGAGGGCGCAAGAAGAAGAAUGAGGGAGAAGUGGAGACACCGAUGAUUGACCGAGCAAACUCUCUCCCCUCCAGGGGCAAGGCCCUUCUCCCAGCUCAUGUCCCCGUCAAUGUUGGAGACAAGUUGCGUGUGCUAUAUGGACCCAAUGCCAAAGAAUCAAAAGUGACCUAUGAAGCGAAGGUGCUAGAAGUUGAAGAGGAAGGAAAUGCGCCUAUGUACUACGUUCAUUACCUUGGAUGGAACAACAGGUAUGAUGAGUGGAUACGAAGGCCUUGCAUUGCAGAGAAUCUCACAUGGUCACAGAAUAGGGUUAGGAAGGGCAGAGCUGCAGCAACUAAGGAGUUGAAAGAGAAGAAAGAGAAGGAAAAGGAAGUCAAAGACACCAAGGACACAAAGGAAGCCAAAAAGGAAGAAAAGGAACAGGUCUCAACAGCCUCCUCACCAAAGACAAGUGCUACCAAGCGUGGUCGCCCCCCAGGUGGAAUGCGAGAGCGGCGUGAAAGUGAUCGUAGUGAGCGGAGUGACACUAGUGGCACAAGCAGUGUCUCAGGCCCUAGCACAAGAGCAGCGCGUGAGAGGCAGGUGCAGCAACCAGACAGUCCUUCACCCAGUGAGCAGAGGCGGCCACGCCGCAUUGGAGGAGGAAUAGGAGGAGGAGGAAGCACACUUGAUACGACAGAAAGUGAUAGUGAGGAGUAUGAAUCUGAUGCUGACACUGGCUCUGAAAAGUCCCGCACCAGAUCAAGUACAGAAAAAGCUCCAGCCACGGCCUCUGUAUCUGCUGUAUCUACUCCUGUAUCUGAACCUUCUGCUACUGUAAGUACAGUGUCUGAGAAGACUGUAAAAGAGACACCAGCAAAGGUGCAAGUGAUAGAAGUAAAGGAAGAGAAGGUGGAGCAGGAGCCAUGUGGGAAGGAUAUUGAUCUGAAUGCCAUUAUAUCUGAAAUGAAGGGUUUGGAUAAACCAAUAAAGAAGGAAGAGGACCGUGUUGUUGUGAAGGACACAGCUCCUAGAAUACUAUCCCCAGUGAUGCAGACAUCCUUCACCACACCUGAGAAAAAGACUCCUGAGUUGCAAGCCAAGAAAGUCCUAGAGAUAACUCCUAAAAAAGCAAUCCCUGAAUCUCCAGGGAAGAACAUUACCCAGGACCCCAUGAAACUACUCUCUCCAAAACCUGAGUCUUUGGAGGAUGAUGUAUAUGAAUUCAAAGAGCCAGAGCCUUUUGAUUUUGGGGAAAUUCGUGCUAGGAAAGACACACGAACGAAGGCAAGCAUGGGGGCCUUAGCAUCAGAUGAAGCUGAGGCAGAUACCAAGGUCAAGAAGAAGGGUCGACCAAGAAAGGAUGCGAAGGAAGGAGAGGGUGACAAGACAGAGUCUGACAGUGAUACUGCCCCAAGCCCUCAAAAGAGAAUAAUGCUUCCCAGGGAGGCCAGAGAAUCACCUGUCAAGUGGCCAAUUAGUGAUGUAAAGGAGGUGGCUCCCCAGCCAGAAGUCAGUACAACACCUGAGAAAAAAGAAGCAGUUGCAGUAACCACUAUUAUUUCCCCUGUUCGUAAGGUCUUGAUCAAGAGAGAGACACCAGUCAAGAGUGAACAGGCCACAAUUCAGCCUACAGAGGUCAAGGUGAGUAAGCAAGAAUCACCAAAGUGUCCAUCACCAAAGCAGAAUCAGCAGGAAAUCCCUGCACCAAGUUUGCCAAUGAAAGAACCAGUAAGAAUCAAUGUCACACAAAUAAAAGCCAAGCCUGUGAAUGCCAGCGACAGAGGCAUAGCUAUCCCCAAGCCAAGUGGACCUACAUCUCACUUACUUGCUCAAGCUGUUAUGCCUGUAAUUGAAUCUAAAGCUCUUGCUAAGCCUGUUCCUAAGCCAACAUUUGACGCCAAAGUGGACAAACCUCCACCUGUUAAGAGUGAAGACAAAGUAGAGGCCAAGGUUAUUCCUUUUUCCCAGAGACAGCAACAUAUAUUCCCACAUCUCCUGAACAGGCCAGAGACCAGUGAUAAGGCAAAGGAUGUUCCACAACGAAUUACAGCUUCUGCCAUCCAGUCACCACCAAGGGAUUCUACACCAGUGCUGGAAUCCACAUCUUUAAGCCAGAGUGGGUCAGAUGUGGAGAGAAUCAAGAGGGAAUCCUCAGUGGAAGAGACCAUAGAAGCAGUCAUCAAGCGAGCCCGACAAGACAAGCCAGAGUCAAAGGAAGAUGAUGAUAAGUCGGAAGGGAAGGCAAGUCCAGACAAGAAACGUAGGACAUCAGGGAGAGGAAAGAAGGUUUUGAGCCGUGAGUUCCUCCCAGACACGUCAGAGGAAUCAGACUCCGACGGUAGGCUGUCCAGACCUGAGACAGAGAGAAGGACACGAAGACCCAGACUGGUUGUAGAUGGAGAGCAUGCCAUGAUCAAGCGGGCACAGAGACUGGUGUCUGAUACAGAAAAGAAAAGUGGCCGGAGAAGAGAAGCGGAAGCAUGUGAUGAUGAUGAUGAUGAGGGGGAUGAUGAGGGAGAUGAUGAGGAAGAGGAUGAGGAUGAUGAGGAAGAGGAUGAGGAUGAAGAAACAGAAAAAGGAAUAAUCCCACCACCUGGAAGCCUAAGUAAAGUGAAACUCUCAAGAAGACUGGAUGCUGAAGACCAGAAGGAAGGGGAAGAGGCAGAGGUGGAAGGUAUCCGCCACAUCAGGAAGAAACCACGUGCCUCGGCAUCAGCUACACCCAAAAGGUAUGAGGAAGAGGGCCUGGGUGACCUCCUCUGUGAGGAAACUAUCCCACCUGGUAGUCCCAUGACCCAUGAUGCCAUUACAGCAGAGGCUGAACUGCCCCAGCGGCCAGACAUGAAGCAUGAGAUGCCUUUUGCCAGUGUACCCACUGGAAGCAGCUUUGGGAAGAGAGGGCCUGUGCAACCAGGGGGACCACAGCCACCUUCAAAUCCAACACAGCCUCAUGUGGCACAGUCACAGCCCUCCCCACAGCAUCAGCAGAUGCAUCAGUUGCCCAAACAGCCACAGCCUCAACUUCCCCCACAGCAGAAGCAUCAGAUCUUAGUUCCUCAGCAGAAAAUACAACUUCCCAAAACAGUACAACAGCAGCAGCAACAGCAACAACAACAGCAACAGCAGCAGCAACAGCAGCAGCAACAGCAGCAACAGCAACAACAAAAGCAUGAGCAACUGCACCAUAAGCAGCAGCAGCCACAACAGCAGCAGCAGCAACAGCAACAGCAACAGCCAAAGCAGCAACAGCAGCAGCAACAGCCAAAGCAGCAACAGCAGCAGCAACCACAGCAACAGCCACAGCAGCCAUCCCCAUCACAGCCACAUCCGCAUCAUCAGCCACAUCUUCAUGCGCAUCAUCAUCAUCCAUCUCAGUCUCAACUUCAGUCUCAAUCUCAACCUCAGGCUCAACCUCAGGCUCUUGCUCUUCCUCUCCCACAACUCCAUCAGCAGCAGCAACAGCAGCAGCAACAACAGCAACUGCAUCACCAUCAGCCACAACAGCAACAUAAACCACAACAACCAAAGCAGCAGCAGUUGCACCCACAGCAAAGAACACUACAACAACAGCAGUUGCCUUUACAGCAGCAACAACAACCCCAGCAAUCACCACAGCUUCAGCAGCUACAGCAAGUGCCACAGCAGUCACCACCACCUCAACAUCACCAGCCACAGCUACCACAUCAAUCUCCUAAGCAGCAGCAACAGAUGCCACAGGUACCACAACAACAGCAGUUGCAGCAGUCACCACAACAGUCUCCAACACAACCCCCCUCACAACCACUGCCCCCUGCACAGCAACUUCAAAUCUCACACCAAGUACAGCCACACCAGCAACAGCCAAAACAAGUACAACACCAGCAGCAGUUGCAGCAGUCAAGACCAUUGCAGCACCAGAAAUCCCAGAGUCAGACGUUAGUCCAGCCAUCAAACCAACCAUCUCAGCAGCAGCAGCAGCCAGAGCAUGGUUUCCAGGUGUCACAAGCAGGCCAGCAUCUGAACCAACAGAAGAUUCAGCAUCCACAGCACCAGAAGCAACAGCUGUAUCCUGCAACUCAGUCUGAUCAUCAGCAGGUGCAGCACCAACAGCAGCAGCAGGCUUACCAGCGGUCUCACCUCCAGCAGCAGCAACACUCCCAGCAGCACCAACAGUUAUCCCAGGACCAGCAUCAGCACCCACCUCCCACUCAGCCACACCAGAUAACCCCAAGACUUGGGCCAGGCAUCAGCAGUGCAGUCAUAAGCCCUAACCUUGCUGUUGUAGCAGCUGUGGCAGCUGCAGCGAGCCCAAGAAACUGUGGAGCUGCAGCAGGUGGAUCCACAGCCUCACCCUCAGGUGGGACAGGUGCUACUAGUGCUCUGCCAGGGGCAGGAGCAGCAGCUGGAGCACAGGCACACUCAUCGGCCCAGGCCACCAUAGACAACACGCCACCUACGACGCCUGAAAGCAUUAUUUCAAACAUUUCGGAUUCAGUCAAAGGGGAUAAUGAGGUUUCAAAGCUGGAUGAGUCCAGCAAGUCAGGAAGAGAUUCAUCAGAAGUAGAAUUAGAAAGCCUAGCUGAUAAUAGUAAGAUGGAUCAGUUCUCUGAAGACCCAGACCUGGAUGCUUCCAAAAGGAUAGCCGUACUGCAGGCACGGAUUCAAGAGUUGAAGAGAACCUACAUGCAAGUCAAGACAGAAUUAGCCUCUGUUGAACGCAGACGGAAAAAGCUUCGCAGGAAAGAGCGAGAAAAAGAGACCAAGGCAGAACCCACGUGAAAAGUGGCGUCUU